GGUUAGAAAGAGAUCUUAAAGAUCAGCCAGUUCCAACCCCGCUGCAUGGACAGGGACACCUCCCACCAGACCAGAUGUGGAAAGCAGUUGUGGGACAUGACAUAUCAGUGAAGGUUGAGGCUCCAGGAGAUGACUGGGACACAGACCCUGAUUUCGUGAAUGACAUCUCUGAGAAGGAACAGCGCUGGGGAUCCAAAACUAUCCAGGGCUCUGGACACACUGCACACAUCGACAUCCAUCAGCUGAGGAGCAAGGUGUCAGAGGAACAUGAAGUGAUCAAGAAGAAGGAGCUGGAGACUGGCCCCAAGGCUUCCUAUGGCUAUGGGGGCAAAUUUGGCACAGAACGGGACCGCAUGGAUGAGUGUGCAGUGGGCCAUGAGUACGUUGCUGAUGUUGGGAAGCACUCCUCUCAGACAGACGCAGCCCAGGGCUUUGGGGGGAAGUAUGGAGUUCAGCAGGACCGAGUGGACAAGUCAGCACUGGGCUUCGAAUACAAGGGUGAAGUGGAGAAACAUUCAUCCCAGAAAGAUUACUCCAAGGGCUUUGGUGGCCGCUAUGGUGUGGAGAGGGACAAGGUGGACAAAGCAGCAGUGGGAUUCACCUACAAGAAUCAGACAGAGAAGCAUGACUCUCAGAAAGACUAUUCUGUGGGCUUUGGUGGGAAGUUUGGGGUUCAGAGAGAUCACCAGGAUAGGAGUGCCUUCGGCUUGGACCAUCAGGAAGAAGUUCAGCCCCGUGCAUCUCAAACAGACUAUGCCAAGGGGUUUGGAGGUCAAUAUGGGGUCCAGAAGGGCAGAGUAGAUAAGAGUGCUGCUGGAUUUAAUGAGAUGGCAGCUCCCACAUUUUCCAAUGAGAAAACAAGACCACCGGAGGCAGGAGCUUCCAGUGGUGCCAGCAGGCUGCGGUCACAAUUUGAAAACAUGGUGAAGUCAGCAGAGGAGGAGAGCAGAAGGCAGGCAGAAGAGGAGCAGUCAAGGCAGCAGGCUCAGGAGCACCCAGCAGCUUGGCAGAAGGGGGCAAAACGGGAGGAUGAGGAAACACCACCCACCUUGCCACCAAGGCCAGCAGCUCUAGGUGAAGAGCUGUGCAAGAUACCCAGCCAGGAUCAGCCCAUCUACAGUGAAAGUUUGGAUGUUGGUGGGGACUAUGAGGAGCUGCCAGAGCCUUCUGACUACUGUGACAGUGCCAGUGGAGGUGCUGACUAUGAGGAGCUGCCAGCACCCUUGGGAGAGCAGGAUGCCAUCUAUGACAAUGGAGGAGAUGGAGGUGAGGACUAUGAGGACGUCCUUCCUGUGGACCCCAGCCAGACCCAUACCCACCUGAGGAACAUGGACAAUGUUUAUGAAGUGGAGUGCCAUGGUACCUGUGCAGUGGCUCUCUAUGAUUACCAAGGAGAUGGAGAUGAUGAGAUUUCUUUUGAUCCUGACGAGACAAUCACACACAUUGAAAUGGUGAAUGAAGGCUGGUGGCAGGGGCAGUGCCGGGGCAAAGUGGGCUUCUUCCCAGCAAACUAUGUCAGACUUCUGCAAUGAAACCAGCAUUGUCCAGGAUGCUUCCACCCAGACUUUUACCUCUCUCUGCUUCGGCCUUUUAUGUGUCUGAUGAAGAUGUUGUUGUCUUAAUUUGGCUAGGCCUGCAGGCAAGGAAUACCAAGGAGCAAACUUGCAGUGUGCUUUGCAGUCAGUGCUGAAGGUAGGGCCCGCACCCAGUGCUUGGCUCAGCCUAUUCUCUGCUGCUGGGUGGUUUGAGUCCCUGUGCUUAAGUCAGGCAGUAAAAUAGUUAGCACCUUUGCAGGACUCACUAGUUAAGAAAUAUUUGCAGGUAAUGGUCUCACCAGUUUAAUCAAGGAAGGAGUGAAUUAUUUGUUAAAGGGUGUGCUAGCUAGAGCCUCCUUAUUUGCUAUUGUUUUUUUUAAUAUCCUGGUUAUCUGGCACCUUUCUGAAGAAUAAUUUGCAUAAAUCAAAGUUCACAAACUCUGUAACUGCAAUUGGACAGCAGUAUCUGUCACUGAUCCAUCAUGGGGACCCCCACUGCCUGCUGGCCCUUGUAACUGUAAUAAUAAAUUGCUUCUGUUCUGGCCUGACUAAAACUGCACCCUGGUUAUUGUGUGUCAACACCUGUCCCCUGUGUGUGUUGUAGGCUGGGUUCUCUGCAUAGUGGAAAGGGCCCCUAGCCCUCCCUCACCACAGAUGUGAGGAGAAAGCUGAGAAGGUGAGGACAAGAGGAAAUUCUUUAUUUUAUUUAUGUUUAAAGCAGCGUUCAGCAAUAAUCCUGUGACACCCCCCCUUGAACCAGUAUACUCCAGACAAGCUGCUUGACAUGCCACUGGAGGAAUUGGUGGUUCUUUGGGUUCUUCUGUGCCUCUUCCAGCCCAUCUAUCCAGCAAUGCUGCUUUGGCUGCAGGUGUGAAGAGCAGGCUGAAGUUUGAGGGAGAAGUUUCCUUGUUCCCAGACUGUCCCCUUGGCACCACGAGAUUUUCAGUGCCAACUACCUCCCCUUCCUCACCUGGGAUACUUCUGUCAGAUUUGUCAACAAGGCACCAGUGGACGAUUAAAAAG